UCUGUCUCUUUAACCGAGGAGAAACCCUAAAGGCGAUUGAAAGAGCGAUUUUCGGCGGAAACAGUUAACGGUGGGCGCGAUGUCGAUGCGGCGGGGUCGACGUGGGCAAGACAAGGGUGAGGCAAGCGUGAGCGCAAGACAACGUAGUCUCAAUUAUCUCCUCCGCUGUUUCGCCGUUUUCUGGUUUGGAUCUCCGGUUUUACUGAGCACUCUUAUUUUGCACGUGAAAGAUCUGGCACAGGUGUAGGAUGUGAAGGAAAGUCUACCUGAGAGGCUUUUUGAAACAGACCGCUUCCCUAGUGAGAGUGUUAACACAUAGUCAACCACAGACCAUUUGCUCUGUGUUAGGGACGCGCUGAACGAGAAGGUGGAGAUGGCGCAAUUACUGGACUCUUGCUUCGGGAGGCUUUUUAGUUUGCCCGUCCGGCGGUUGUUAGCGGGGAAAGUGGUUCAUGGGAUGUUGACCAGGCAAGUUGUAAUGAAGAAGAAGUACGAAAUGUGGCCUGUCUUUGGAGGGAAACCAUUAAGGUUCUCGUUGGUGGAGUUUGGUGAAGUAACAGGUUUGCCCUGUGGUGAGUUUGAAGAAGGCUAUAGCAUCGACUACGAGUUGUCUCCUACGGAGGAGAACUACGCGUACUGGGAGAAAUUGAUUGGUACGGACCGCGAUGUCCUAGUUGAAGAUCUUGUGAGGAUGGUCUUAGAAGAUGCGCUGAUGCCUGGUUGGCGCAAACUGAGGUUGUGUUUGAUUAUUAUUGUUGAUGGAGUGCUGGUACCAACGUCGCAAAAACCAAAGCCUAGUCUCAAGCAUGUGAAUUUGGGGAAGAAUCUGAAGAAGUUUUUUGCUUUCCAGUGGGGGAGGGAGUCAUUUCUGUGGGCAAUCCGGCCGAUGAAACAAGGCCCGAAGGAAAUGGGAAAGUGUGAGGACCCCAAUGGAGAGUUUUGUAAGAAGCUACGACAAAAGAGUAUCAGGUUAUUGGGUUUCCCCCAGGCACUGCAGUUGGUGGCUUUCGAGGCAAUCCCGCAACUUCCUAUCCAGGCUGGUGGCGAUGAUAGUGUCACGCUGUUGAAUUAUCCGGGGAAGUUCUUGCCUCAGCACGCAGGAUUGACUGUCUAUGAUUUGCGGAAAGCUGAACAUGAUCCUGGGCUGCUCGUACAGCACAUGAUGGAGAUUACUGGGACACAUGAGGAGCAGUGGGGAGUUUGGGAUGACGAGAAAUAUGACAAGAAGGUGGACUAUUUGAAUGGCCUGAUUAGGGAAGGGCAUGUUUUUAGCAAGUCUGACUGGGGCGGUGGCGAUGCUGGCGAACCUUUUUUUGUUUACCGCGUGAAAAAUGACAAAAAGCGAAAGGGGAAAGCUGUUGGUGGGGUUACAGCAGGACCAGUUCUAAAACAGAGACAGCUCAGUGGCUAUUUUACGCGUGGAAGCCUGGUGGAUGCGGAAGAACACUCUAGGAUGGUAGCGCGGGUGGAAGAACUGGGCACAGAGGUGUUGAGGCUGAAAGUGGUGGUUGAAAAACAGGGAGGCAGUUGGAGAAGUGGAAGACUUUCGUGA